AUGACGGAGUGGAACAGCGAACAGAGGAAGUGGGAUGGGAGGGGGAUGAAGCAAGGAUCUGACAUGCUUCGAUGUAGAAUCGAGGGCAACGUUAUCAUAGGGCAUGGAACUUUCCUCCAUCCUCGCUGCGAACUGCUGGCUUCAACAGGAGCAACCAUCGUAGUUGGCGAGCACACGAUCAUAGAGGAGAGGGUGCGAGUACGGUCCACGCAUGGCGAGCUGACGAUAGGAUCUGAGUGCAUCCUCGAAGUCGGCGCAUCGAUCACUGACAGCUGCAUCGGAAACUUCUCUGCGGUGGAAACUAUGGCGACGAUAGAGAAUUGCAAGGAGGAGGAGGAGGAGCAGGAGGAGGAAGUCAUAGUGUUGAAGAGGGGAACAGUCAGAGCUGGAAUAGGAACGGGAAGAGCAGGAGGAGAUUGGCUGAGGGAGGGAGAAAAGGACAUUGAUGAAGCUGAAUGA